CAGAAUCCCAUCUUCGCCAUGAUGGGCAUUGCACAGGCUUCCCCACUGUGCGCCCGUCAUGGUUAGAUCUCGAUCUCGGCCGUGCCCCGCUGAUAGCCACCGGUGGACGUCUUAAUUAAUCCCCGUAACAGUCCGUACCUUGCUGCGAUGCGAUACGUACUUUUCGUGUCUUGGAUAGCUCUUCAAGUCAAGCGAAGCGAUAUCCAGUCUCUCGUUGAGGACACACUCGAAUUGUGCGCGGUGUCCUUUCUUGACCAUCUGCACUCAAUGUACCUGAAGAAAGCCCCGCAGUCCAAGAACGACGUCAUCUGGACUCCAGUCUCGUCGGACCUCGCCCAGGCCGCUGGUCCGUGCCCCAUCGCAAUGUCCGCUCAUCCAUCACGCCGGAGCAAGCUUCGCGGAACACAGCAACAAGUGGUUAGCCGCCUUGACGACUCACCGACGGAUCAUCUACGCAUUCGCAUAGUCUCCGUCGACGAUUGCUGCAGAGUAGAGUAUCAUCAUGAGGACAAAGGAUUGGCGCUAGCCACGCGUCUACAUCUCGACCGGGUAGAUUCCAACCUCGACGACGAGAGUCCAAGACGAGAGCCAAAAGCAUCAAUUCAUACACUAGGUUUAUAUUUACAGGAGACAGGCUAUGGCCGCUGCAGAUUUUGCGCAACAAGCUGCAGAAGUCUUGGGGUUUCAUCUCGGACGCCUACACCGGAGUCACGAUUCCCACUCAUCGAAGCACUCAUAUGAGCCUUUACAUCCAUCUUCGGCAAGGCGGACAUAGGUGUACAUCUCAUCAACGACGCCCCUGGAAUCAUGAGGAAGGCAGGGCUAGUCAGCGUCAAAGCUGAUCCCAUUACGCUCUCUAUGGGAGAGCACAUCAAGGACGACGCCGAAAGGCAGAACUUGAUUACAUCGUCCAUGAUCACCGUUUCUACAAUCACAGGGGCCGCGAAGGCUACGUCUUUCCCAGGACACAAACGAAUCAUACCAUUUCUCAGGACUGCGAGUUGACCUGCCAGGGUCAACUUUGGUCCUCAUGUGACAAACUAAGCCUUGCCACUCGCGUGCAAUCUACUUGCACUCACGUUACACAUUGGCAACUACAGACCUGUCAAAGUCUGUGCGGACAUGUUAAUUGUGUAGUAAACAAUCAGCC